AUGUCUACUUUUGUCAACAUUCUCGCCCUUGUGCCAUUGGCACUGGCUGCUAGCCCCAUGAUGACAAUGUCUGAUCAGCCCAUGAUCUUCAAGGAGCCAGACUAUGCCAUGCACGCAGGUGCAAUGGGGAUGCGAGUCAUGGCUGAUGGAAAGUGCGUAAACUUCGACACUAUGCCCGACUAUCGCAUGAACGUCGGAUCAAUUUAUGUCCCGUGUCCAGCCGAGUCGACACAUGAGAUGAUGUGCUCAAUGUACUCCGACCACGUCUGCAAGGACGAGAUGUUCACCUUCACUCGUCCCCAUAUGCAGUUGAUGAAGAAGUCAAACGAACGCGACAUCGGCAGCCACGUCCGCAGUAUGAAGUGCAUGAGCAUCGAGUCCCCCGCCGACAGACACGGCCACAUCUUCAACAGUGACAACCCGUCCACCAUGACCGCAGCCACCUGCAUGAACGACAUCUGCUCCACCGAAAUGCCCUGCUGGUCAAUGUACCCAGGCUACGGCAUGUACUGCUCACCCAGCUCCAAGACUUGCCAGCGACAAGCAAUGAACGGCGAGACCUGCCACGAGGAUGUUCAGUGCCAAGAGACCGCUGCCUGUAUCAAUGGAAAGUGUGCGGGUGUUCCGGAUAAUUUCCGCUGCCCAACUGGCUCUGAGUGCCCCUCUGGCAUGACAUGCCGUCCUCAUCGUAUGAUGAAUGUGUUUGGAAUGGCUACGAUUGAGAGAGUCUGCAUGUACGACACCGACUCUCGUAGCACCAUGUGCUCCCCUGGAAUGGGCUGCACCAAUAACUUCCAGUGCAGUCUUCAGUACCACUUUUGA